GUGCUUAGAGGAGAGCGUGGCAAUGAGUGCCAUUUAUGCAAAUUAUUGUGACUUGAGACAUUACUAUUCAUGUUUUAAGAGAUAACAGAAACCAGUAAACACAGGGAUACGCUGUGAACAGGACUCUGUUCCUACUCAAUGGCAGUGUUUCCCCGGAUUUUGUGGAAAAUUUGGAAUCAGAUUCCUGGAUGCAAUUUUAGAAGCUACCGUUCAUUGUUUUGUAACCUUGGCUGAGUCACUUAGUCCCUCAGAGCCUGUUUCCUCAUCUGUAAAAUAACGAUUACUACGAUCCACUUUGAAGGCUUGGUUUUAGUAUUAAAUAAAAUAAAACAUGCAAAUCGCUUCCCACACAAUUGGAAUUAAAUAUACCCUCCUUCCCUCCAGCCCUUCCCCUACAAUCUUGUGACCACACCUGAGGCUACGGGACGACAAUCUCAGUUUAGAAGCCAGUGCUAUGUUCUGAAGUGCCGGGGUGGAAUAUGUGGGUGUAGCGGGAAGAACAAAAUCAAGAAGGUUGAGAGGAAACGGAGACCAGAGAUGCAGACACCAUCCCUGAACUACAUCUCCCGGGAUGCUCAGCAAGAGGGAGCGCCCUGCCCUGCCCCGCCCAGCCCCGCACGGCAGGCGCUGCCCACCGGGCGGAGCGGAGCGCGCGGAGGCUACAAGUGCGGUGGCUGGUGAUUGGGAGACUUUCCGGGGAGCCGCGCCCGGGUGAGCGCGCGGGGCUCCAGACGUUCCGGGUGGCCGAGGCAGAAGGAAACCCGCCUUCUCCUUUGAAGGAUGCUGUCAGAGGAAAGUGUGAGUCCUUGGAUAAAUUUGGCAUGGUGAUGGCAGCGGGCUUUCUCCAUCGACACUGCUGUGUCCUCCCCGUUCCCUUUCUUUGCUGACCUAAGUUUCUCAGUGUUGACGCCCACGACAAGUCAGAUGAUUUGCCCUUUUCACACCUCCUGCCUCUAGAACUUCCGGAAGGUGCCGGGGAUGUCUGACUAGCUCCCAUGGAGCUCCACUGCCUUGCUAGGAAGCGCAGCCAGACAGAUCUGAGCAAUGCCAUGGACUGGAGUUCAGGAGGGCCUCCUGGUGACCCAGCAGAUGUAGCAGCCACAAGAGCUGCUCUCUGCUGCCAGAGACACUGCACAUCUGCACCAAGAGCGGCUGGGAUGGAAGGGUCUAGACUUAGCCCCUCUCAGGCAUCCCCUCCCCCCUCUCAGCAAGACAGUGCUGCUCUGCCAGACUCUUUCUCACCAGGACCUUUUGACUUAGGGAGCAGCCAAAUAACAGCAGAACGGAAAGUCUGCAACUGCUGCAGCCAGGAAUUAGAAACUUCUUUUACUUAUGUAGAUGAGAAUGUCAACUUGGAGCAGCGGAAUCAGAGGUCUCCUUCAGCAAAAAGAAGUAGUCAUCCCGGAGACCUUGGCUGGGGAAAUCCAAAUGACUGGUCCCAAGAGGCUGCCAUAUCCCUGAUAUCUGAAGAUGAAGAUGACACAAGUUCGGAAGCUAUGUCUUCAGGGAAGUCGGUAGACUAUGGUUUUAUCAGCGCCAUCUUGUUCUUGGUCACUGGCAUCUUGCUGGUGAUCAUCUCUUACAUUGUGCCACGGGAAGUGACUGUGGAUCCCAACACGGUGGCAGCCCGGGAGAUGGAGCGCUUAGAGAAGGAGAGUGCAAGGCUGGGGGCUCACCUGGACCGCUGUGUCAUCGCUGGGCUCUGCCUCCUCACUCUGGGGGGCGUCGUUCUGUCCUGUCUGCUGAUGAUGUCUAUGUGGAAGGGGGAGCUCUAUCGUCGCAACAGGUUUGCUUCUUCCAAAGAAUCUGCAAAACUCUACGGUUCUUUCAACUUCAGGAUGAAAACCAGCACUAAUGAAAAUACCCUGGAACUGUCCUUGGUGGAGGAGGAUGCUCUCGCUGUACAGAAUUAAUUCUGUUUGUGAAUUUCUGGAGAGUCUGCCUUGACAUUUUUGUAAAGAAAAAAGAAAAUCCCUUUUUUUAAAUAACAAUGCAGUUUAUUUAUUUAUGUAUUUAUUUCACAAACCAAUAGCCAGUAAGUGGUUUUGUUCUUCGUAUAUCUUCUCUUUAGAAGAAAAUCCAUGUAAGAUGCUGGAGAAACCACAACCAGCUACAGCAAUGCUUCUAAAGAACUGAAGACUAAUCUCUAAUGGCCAUGAGUUUGUACUUCUAUCACAAAAUUUUUCUGACAGUCCAAUGUACAAAUGAUUUCUUUUAAAUGAAUAUGGGGGUAUUCUUUGGAUCCCUGGAGGUCCUAAACAUUGUGGGAUCAGUCAGUAAUCUAUUUUGUGAAAAAUAGCUUAAGCAUUAAUCACAUAAUAAGGCUCAUAUUUAAUUCUCCAAGGUGCUUAUCCAUUUUCUUGCUAAAUUUUUCUGCCUGUGAUUUGGCUAAACACUAAAAUACAGAGUUUUUAAUUUGAAUAUUUUGAAGCUUGAGGAUGUUGAUAUUUUUAAAGAAGGCUGUUAAGAAUGUUAUAUUUAAAACUAUUCCUGUAUUCAGAAAUGGUAAUCAAGUCUUUAGGAUAAAAUUUCUAUUAAAAGAAAAUUAUAUAAAUCAUUAUAAGACAAAUAUGAAUUUAAUCUACAAAUUAGUGCCAGAUAUCUGCCAGUGUCACAUGCCCGUUUUCUAAAUGAAGCCAAAACCAGUUGUUGAUAGUAAUUUCACUUUCUGUUUGUGGGUUUGCCUUUAUCCUAGUUACCAGUCUCUGCUGAGAGGCAAAGCAUGAAACUUUUAAAAUAUAUUUCCAGACAGCCAAUCGUCUUGGCAGGCUGAGUCAUGAUGGACUCUGGCAAGCUCCCAGGGUAUGUGGUAUUUUCCUUGUUUGGAGAAAACCUUGGGUUCAGCUGCAGCUAGACUGUAGGGAGCUGUGCCUAGUACACUGCAUUGCUUGUUCUAGGCCAGGCAACAAGCUGAUGCCUUGGAUGGCAGCAGUCCUUACACCCAUGGCCAAAGCGUUAGGAUGGGAAGAGAGAGACAGAAAGACAUUACACACACUGAUUCAGUGGGUACUGCUGUCUUCACUGUUCACCAAAACUCACCUGUCUUUCCCAGUAGUCUAGGUAUCAUUCUCAGCACCUUACAUUCAGGCCCUCAGGAGCUAUCUGCUUGUGCUGCAUAAAGUACAAACUCAUUCUGUGCAAGAGUGAUCACAACUGAGCAGGGCAAGACAUGUGCCCAGUGCACACAUUGACAUACCACCUUGGUAUUGGCAGUAGAUCAGGAAGGGUGUAGGGGAUGCAAACUCAGAAAUGUCUUGUUAUCUUUGAGGUGUUCCCAACCUUCUUCUACAGGAGUUAUUUUAACUUCCAUUCCUGUGUUAUGAGGAUCAGUGAGGUCAUUCUUAAAGAGGAUUAGAGGUGGCAGUUGGAAUAGGGAUAAGAAAGUGGGUGAAAAGUGAUUUCUUUGUAGAUUUUAAAACCUAACACCUGAGGCUUGUAUUGUUACUGGGACUGUGGAAUACAUGGGUGAUUUUGGCUGGCAAAGUGUCUUAGUCACGACAGGUAUGUAAAGAAUUAAAGGUAAAACUCAGAAAUUGUAUGCUCAUCAGAGGAAGCUACACAUAGCCCAGUUUCCUUACCCUACAGAAUAAUAUUGACUUCCUGCUUCAGAAAGAAUUGGGUCCAUAUAAAAGAUUGUUCUUUGCUAUUGCUGGUUUUCCAUGUUUUUGAUCAAACCUUUGUUUUGCUUUGACUCUAAUGUCAUGAUUCGUGCUGUACAUGCCUUUCCAGAAUGUGUGUGUUAGAUGAGUUAUCUGAUAUUAGCCUGCUCGAGGAUCCACGUUGGGUGGUGUUGAAGCAAGAAGGGAAUGAUCUGUUACUGCUUGGCGAAGUCAGUGGGUCUGAGCUGUAUUCUUUAAAGUACAUUUUAAAAACAAUUUUAAAAAAAUAUAUGUUUUUUCAUAGAAACCAAGUGAGAUCAGCUGAAUUUUUUUUGAUGAAACUGAUUAAUUAGCCAAAUGACAGGCUAUAAAGAAUUAAUGUACAGCCCAAUUUUCAACUGAUGAAGGAGAAUGAACCUCAGAAUCAAAUGUUACGAAGUCUGUUCAGUUCUUUAAAAUUAAUGAAAAUGGAGAAAAAGCCGAAGGUUUUACAUGUAUGUAUUUAAUGAACCUUGCAAUGCUACCAAAUUAUAAAAGUGUGAUAUAAAACUAACAUUUAAAAAUUCCAUUGAGGAAAAGAAAAUAUUCUGGGGGGUCAUGAGAUUGGGUGAGAACUGGGAAGUCAGAAUGCAUUUGCUCUUUUCUGAGGAUUCUGUACAAUUUUACACUUUUCUCUAGAAUUUAGAAUUGCAAUUUGGUAAGUAAAUGGUUAUUUCAACAACAUUACUUAAACCUGCCUAUUUAGAAAGUACAACUCUUAAGGGUCUCCAUCUAUGAGGGUGGAUAAUUACACCCAAAGGGACCAAUUCAGAAUAUUAUCUGAAUGACCCUUUAAUGCUGUGGUAACAUAAUUCAGAUAAUUGCCUUAAUUAACUCUCUCCCAUGUAUUUGGUUUGUAUAGCUUUUGUCCACCCCAUCACUGCCUAAAUUUGAGAUGAAAAUUACUUAAAUUUAAAAUGGUGGUAAUAAAUGCAAAGAAAAGGCCUGAAUUGCACACUGUUAUUACUAAUCUGAUAAGGAGUGUUCAGAGCUGUGGAAGUACCUUGGCAGGAGCAGGGGACAAAUGGUAGAGACUUCGUUGGUCUUGGAUCCUUCAUGCAGAUUUAUAACCCUAGAUCUAUCAACAUCAUGCCAGUUGUGAACUCUGAUAGUUUUUACUGCUAGACCUAGAAAAGCAAAACUUUUUUUCAGAGUUCAUAGGUCUUUAGCUUAUUUACCUGGUUUUAGACCAUCUGUACUCAAGAGUUAUAUUCUUCAUCUUAAUGAAAAGGCAGCCCUUCUUUCAGGAGUAUGGGCCAAUGGAAUGAGUAUCAAAUCUACUAUUGAGAUCUACACACCACUAAUGGACAGAUUAAGCCUCCUAAUGUCUUUACCAAACUGUUUCUUUUUAGUGCACCUUAAACUCAUGUGGAGAAGUUUGUAAAGAGUUUUCUUUGCAAUGCCAUGCAUCCUUUCUAGCCUUUUGAGCACCUGAAGCAGACCAUAUAGCAUGAUGUCCUCUGGCCCCUCAUACAGAGGGUGGCUUCCCAUUGCACAGCUGACCUACAGUUUAGAAAAAGGCAAGACUGCUUGGAACCAUGAAGUCCUUGGUGGUUGUGCAUAUGACUGAUAAAUCCUUUGAUUCUGUAUUACUUGCCUUGAUACACAUGCUUUGCUGAAUUUUUAAAAUACAUCCCUCCCCAGUACUUAUCUAUUUUAGGGAAUCAAUUGGGUCAAUGUUGGAAGACAUCCUUUUUUAAAAAAUAUAUAUUUAUUUUAAAAUUUUUAAAAUAUAUAUUUAUUUUUAUUUAUUUGAAAGGAAAAAAAGAGAUAAAGAGGGAGAGAGAGAUCUCCCAUGUGCUAAUUCACACUCUAAAUGCCCACAAUAACCUGGAGCCCAGAACUCAAUCUGGGUCUUUGAUGUUAGUGGCAGGGACUCACUACUUGAGCCAUUGCCUGCUGCCUUCCAGGGUGUGCAUUAGCAGGAAUUCAGACUAAGAGGCAGAGCCAGAACCUGAAACCAGGCACUCUUACAUAGGGUGCAGACAACUCAAGUGGUGUCUAAACAGCUCUGCCAAACACCAACCCCUGAGGUGCAAUUUGAAGUGGAGGCAGCUCUACCAACUUUAUUUGUGCCUUUCCUUUGCCCCACCGGGGUAAGCUUAAAUGAGUGAGGACCAUACCAGUUGAAUAUCAAGAAUCAAAGAUCUGAACCCAAGUGGCUCUACCUUUUUUACUUCUUUGCAACAGAUAGAAAUUCUAAGAGGAACAUUGAGCAAGUGCGAUGUUAGCCACAUGCAAAGGCUUACUGGUAGUAAUUAUCCAAAAUUAAAGAAAAAGCACUCUAUUUAUCAGGAGAAUUAUUUUUUUAAGCUGAAGGUCAGAUUCAAUCACAGUAAUUAAUGCUACCAUAAAAGCAUGGUUUGACAACAAAGAUUCAUACCCUUUGUCAGAUGUUCAACUACUUCAGUAAGAUUUAAUGUAUCAACUAGAUUCCACUGUGAUACAGGAGUAACAGAGAUCCUUACAGUUCUCUGUAAUGGGUUUAACCUUUCCCAGAAUUGGGCAUAAAGAAUGACUGUAGUGAUAAGAAUUGUAAUGAAGUCUUACUGGCUUUUUCCCGGCAUAAAAGAGUGCAUAAGAAAGAGAAGUAACACAUAGUUGUCUUUCAGCUGAUUCUCAGCUAUAUCCUUUUAUGGUUCAUCAUAUUCUACAAGAUUCUCUCCUUCCAACUUUUAUGGACAUACAACUUGGGAAAUAAUUUUCCUGGCAAGUGCAUCAACACUGUAAAAAGUAAAAUGUUAUUUUAAACACGUAAGAUGGACUUGAAAAACAUGUGACUUACACUUGAGAGUGUACUUGUGGUUUAUGUUUGUUACUGUACAAGUUGUGGUGCACUCAAGUCUGUGUAUAUUUUAGGAGUAUAUUUUAUAGCUAACAACUUUAAUAUCCAAAGCAAUUGUUAGAAUAAUUUUCUUAUAGGAAUUUGGCAUGCCUUAAUGUGGACUUUAUGAACAAGAGAAGUCUUUCACAGGUCAUGAAUGAAGAAUUUGGAAUCAGCCUCAGAAUGAGAUGCUAUAAUUACAUAAAUCUGGUCUGGUUGUUCAGCAUCCCACAAAUGUUUAUUGAUUUAUUUUUUAACCUUUCAGUGUCAGCGUUAUAAGAGUGUGGCAUAUUUAGAAAUUAUCUAGACAUGAAUUAUUAUUUUAUUUCAUAGAAAUAUGGUCAGUUCAUCCCCUUGCUCCAAGUUUUAAUAACUCUCCUGUAUUUUAGGAACAGCCAGUCUUAUUUUCCCCCUGGCAUCUUUAUGCUUCCUAGUCACACUCCAUGCAAAUGUGUAAGAAAGCAAAGCUAGGUUAUUACUACAUAGAGUAUUUACAGCUUUUACUGUGGUUCUCAUUGUGUUUUUAAUAUUACUUUUCUUGCCAAACAAAAAUAAUUUGAUGUUGAUGAAGUGUUUUUUGAUAUUAUAAAGGGCAAUUUUUAAGCUUUUGAGCUCUUUCCUAUGGAAUUUGAUGCCUUGUAUGUUAAUAGUAAGUGUGUCAUAUUUUAAAAAUUAAAACUUAUUUAUCAAGCUAUUUUAUUGCCUUUAACUUUUAUUUAAUUUUAAAUUUCUGAUGAUGAUUUGGUCUUUUAAAAUUAUAGUUGAAAUUUUCAGUCCAAAGAAAUUAAAAUUAAUAUUAACCACCCAUUCAAGUGUAACAUUGUUUUUCCUAUUGUAUCAUUAAAUAAUAUAAACUAUGCUUUGUAUUUUUAUUUUUUACUUUAUAUGAAAUAUUUAUUUGAAUUUCUCUAAAUUACUCAGUAUUGAACUUAGAAUGUGAAUUCAUAACAUGGAAAAAUAGGUGCAUAGGUAUUUUAAAAACACCUAAAAAUCUAGAAGCAUUAGGUGAGAAACUAUGAAUCAGCUUAUGUGUCUACUCUUAGUGUAAUUUUGAGCUCCAAUUUCAAUUCAUCACAAUUUUUUUAAAAUAUUUAUUUUUAACUUGUAAGGCAGAGUUACAGAGAGAGAGGGAGAGAGAGAGAGAAAGAGAGAGAGAGAGAUCUUCCAUCCACUGGUUCACUCCCUAAAUGGCUACAAUGGCCAGGGCUGGUCCAGAUGGAACCCAGGAGCUUCUUCCAGGUCUCCCAUAUGGGUUCAGGGACCAAGGACUUGGGCUAUCCUCUGCUGCUAACCCAGGCACAUUAGCAACGAGCUGGAUCAGAAGUGGAACAGCCGGGACUCAAAUUGGUGCCCAUAUGGGAUGCUUCG